GCGGCGGCCUCUGCCCUUCCGCGGACCUGGGGAGAGAGCGAGCGGGCACCCUGGACCCACGCCUCUGUUCUCCGGGGUGCUGGGGGUGAGGGCUUGAAACUCCAGCAGCACCAACUUUGACAGCGAUCAGCACCCUCCGGCGUCCCUUUAUAAUUAGGAGGAACAGCACAAUAUGCUGGGCUCUGGAUUUAAAGCUGAGCGUUUACGAGUCAAUUUGAGAUUAGUCAUAAACCGUUUAAAACUAUUAGAGAAAAAAAAAACUGAACUGGCGCAGAAAGCAAGAAAAGAGAUUGCUGACUAUCUGGCUGCUGGGAAAGAUGAACGAGCUCGGAUACGAGUGGAGCACAUUAUCCGAGAAGACUACCUCGUGGAGGCCAUGGAGAUCCUGGAGCUGUACUGUGACCUGCUGCUGGCUCGGUUUGGCCUCAUCCAGUCUAUGAAGGAGCUAGAUACUGGUUUGGCUGAAUCUGUGUCUACACUGAUCUGGGCAGCUCCUCGACUCCAGUCAGAAGUGGCUGAGUUGAAAAUAGUUGCUGAUCAGCUCUGUGCCAAAUAUAGCAAGGAAUAUGGCAAGUUAUGUAGGACCAACCAAAUUGGAACUGUGAAUGACAGACUAAUGCACAAACUGAGUGUAGAAGCCCCACCCAAAAUCCUGGUGGAAAGAUACCUCAUUGAAAUUGCCAAGAACUACAAUGUGCCCUAUGAGCCUGAUUCUGUGGUCAUGGCAGAAGCUCCUCCUGGGGUAGAGGCAGAUCUUAUUGAUGUUGGAUUCACAGACGAUGUGAAGAAAGGGGGCCCUGGACGAGGUGGUGGUGGUGGUGGGUUCACAGCACCAGCUGGUGGACCUGAUGGGACAGUGCCCAUGCCUAUGCCCAUGCCCAUGCCUUCUCCAAAUACUCCUUUUUCAUACCCACUUCCAAAGGGACCAGUAAGUAUACCUUCGGAUUUCAAUGGAUUGCCAGUGGGGACUUAUCAGGCCUUCCCCAAUAUUCAUCCACCCCCGAUACCAGCAACUCCCCCAUCAUAUGAAUCUGUUGAUGAUGUUAAUGCUGAUGAGAAUGUCUCUUCUGCACAGAUUGUUGGUCCUGGACCCAAGCCAGAAGCCUCUGCAAAGUCCCCUCCCAGACCCGUGGACACCUAUGACAACUUUGUACUGCCAGAGUUGCCGUCUGUGCCAGACACAUUACCAGCUGCAUCUGCUGGUGCCCACACCUCAGCCUCUGAGGACAUUGACUUUGAUGAUCUUUCCCGGAGAUUUGAAGAGUUGAAAAAGAAAACAUAGGCUCCUUAACACCAGCCAGCGUCAAAGUUCUGGGAGUUAAGACUGAGCAGUUUCUCCUAAUGAAAAAUCUCUGUUUCAUUUCUUAACCGUCACUGAGUGCACACUCCUCUGGGCUCUCUUCCUGCUCUGCCAAGUUCUGCUGCUUCCCUGUUCUCUGUUGGCCCUAAGACACUAAUGACUGGAGACUCUACGAGGCCAGAGCAGGUGCUUCCCGUGCUUGUCCGUUUCCUCCUGUGAGUGUAAUCCUAGGUUGUCUCCUCAUCUAUCCCCCAUCCUUCCACAGGGGAGUGAGGAAGUGAGUGUGGGGAAGCUGCUAAAGAUGGCUGAACGUUGGAAGAGAAUACAUCAUGGAGUGUAUCAGCCCUGUGCUGAGUGAGAAUCAAGGCCAAGGUGUCUAUUUUCUCACUUUGGUAGGAGAGAGAAAAUGACUCAAGAAGGCAUUGCAACAGUUCUUGGAAACUGGGUCUUCUCAUUGGCAUACACACUCCUCCUUGCUGCAGGGUAGUGUUCCACCUGGAUCCAGUUGCAAAGUUUAUUUGGAAAGGUGAAGGCCUCCCUUAGUUCUACUGGAUUCUCAGGGAGCCCUCUGUGGCCUUUUGCUUUACUCUGAGUGCUGUGUUUCCCUUUUACCAGAGGGCAGCACUGUAUAAAUCUGUUUUUCCCCAUAGCAUGUUCUGUUGGAUUGCAUUACUGGCAAAGGAAGGACAGGCCACGUACUGGGCAGAAGUCACCAUUCCUAGCUAAGGUGGGCUUCCAGUUGCCUUAAUAGAAGUACUCAAGUCUCUUGGGUAGUGAGCUGGAAAGCCUACAGAAGAAGUUCCUGUUUUCAUUUGAAAACUUUAUGAUUAAGAGAACCUUUAAAAACUGAUCACAGGUAAAAUGUUGGUACCCAUGUGGCUGUAGUUUCUGGCUGCUUUCCUUGACGGAUGAGACUCGUAACUGUUGUUAACUUACAUGCUCCUUUGCCCCCUAGCUAAGGCUGUCCUUCCUCACAGGGAUGGCUUUGGGAAAGGAAGAUAGAAUUUGGCUUCUGUGUAGUGUUUCUGUACAUAUCUUUAAAGCAACUUUUCUUUAAUGGUUUUGAUUGGUUUGUAUCUCAUAGCUCAGUAGCUGAUAAUAAAGUUAAAAAUUCUGUGCCCUGC